AUGAACGGCUACGGCUCCCCCUACCUGUACAUGGGCGGCCCCGUGUCGCAGCCGCCGCGGGCGCCCUUGCAGCGUACGCCCAAAUGCGCGCGCUGCCGCAACCACGGCGUCUUGUCCUGGCUCAAGGGCCACAAGCGCUACUGCCGCUUCAAGGACUGCACCUGCGAAAAGUGCAUCCUCAUCAUCGAGCGGCAGCGGGUGAUGGCGGCGCAGGUGGCCCUACGGCGGCAGCAGGCCAACGAGAGCCUGGAGAGCCUCAUCCCCGACUCGCUGCGCGCUCUGCCCGGUCCCCCGGUUCCUGGGGACGCUGCCGCCACUCCGCAGCAGCAGCCGCCACCGGCCUCGCAGCCGGCCCAGCCGCCAACGCGCCCGGCCGCAGAGUUAGCCGCGGCGGCCGCGCUGCGCUGGGCUACCGAGCCCCAGCCUGGGCCUAUGCAAACCCAGCUCAGCAAGACAGACUUGACGGAAGAGCGGCUUGGGGACAGCAGCUCGGCAGACAAUGCCGAGGCCUUCAGCGACAAAGACGUUGACCAAAGGAGCUCUCCCGACGACGUGGCCAAAAGCAAGGGCUGCUUCACCCCGGAAAGCCCCGAGAUCGUGUCGGUGGACGACGGCGCCUACGCUGUCCAGAAAAACGGGGGCAACCCCGAGAGCCGACCCGGCAGCCCCAAGUACCACGCCGAGCAGAGUCACCUGCUGAUCGAGGGCCCCUCGGGGACCGUGUCCUUGCCCUUCAGCUUGAAAGCCAACAGACCCCCACUCGAGGUGUUAAAAAAGAUCUUCCCCAACCAGAAGCCCACGGUCCUGGAGCUCAUCCUGAAGGGCUGCGGGGGCGACCUGGUGGGCGCCGUGGAGGUCCUGCUGUCCAGCCGCUCGUCGGUGGCCGGCGCCGAGCGGACUGCAGCCGAGCCCGAGAGCCUCGUGGUGCCCUCCAACGGGCACCUCUUCGAACACACCUUGAGCUCCUACCCCAUCUCCUCGUCCAAGUGGUCGGUGGGCUCGGCCUUCCGAGUCCCAGACACGCUGAGGUUUGCUGCUGACUCUGGCAACGUGAUGCCCAGCCCGCUGGCCGUGCCCCUGCAGCACCCUUUCCCCCAGCCGCCCAGGUACCCGCUGAUGCUAAGGAGUACCCUGGCCAGAAACCAGUCGAGCCCCUUUUUGCCCAACGACGUCACUCUAUGGAACACCAUGACGCUGCAGCAGCAGUACCAGCUGAGGUCGCAGUACGUGAGCCCCUAUCCCAGUAACUCCACCAGCGUCUUCCGGAGCUCGCCCGUGCUCCCCAGCCGCCCUGCCGAAGACCCUCGGCUCUCCAUCCCCGAGGAGGGCUGUCCCAUCGUGUCCAAGCAGUCCAUGUACGCCGACGAGGACUACGAUGAGCGCUCCGACUCCUCGGACUCCAGGAUACUCAACACGUCCUCCUAA